AUGUCGUUGGGCCAUCAAGCAUCGUAUUGCAUCAUUAUCAUGGACAGGACAGGACAAGAACAAGGCGAGAUAAGCUCUGUCGACAAAUUCUGUGAUAUGAUGCUAAUGCCUUGUAUAUAUGUCAUUGGUCAAGACAUGCUAUGCGGUAACCAUCAGGUCAUGGAGCUGUACCGUAACAUCAUCAAACAUGUCAUGGCAGAAUCACUAUUUGGUGUUAUUGAAUGUGACAUUACCGUGCCGAAUCAACUCUGGAAUGUCUUUGCCGAGAUGCCGCCAAUAUUCAACAAUGUGGGACUUGUGUUCAACGAUAUAUGCGCUGAACCACAAGAUUGGGUAAACCCAAACUACAAGUGUAACAAACUAAUUGGCAGUUUCUUUGGAAAUAAAGUGUUAUUCCAUACAGAGUUGCUAAAAUGUGUAGCUUGUACUGUAAAAUACAAGUGUAACACACUGUUCAAUGCAUUCAUGGAUCAUGUUUCGAAUGACAUGCGAGCUGGAGAUACCAAUCAAGCCUACACACUACAUGAGAAUGAUGUAAUUGAUUGA